CUUGAUUCAAAUUUGUGCCUGGCUUUAUCGAUUUCGCUUCUUGUCAUCGUCUGUUCUAGAAACUCAAAGCUGAGCACUGUGAUCCUGACAGAAGACCGCAAUGGCUGCCAGGUCAAAAGAAGAAAAGCUCCAGUGUUUUAACUGUCCAAUGUGUCUUGAUGUCUUAAAGAACGCUACCCUCCUUAGCUGUGGCCAUUCCUUCUGCAGGGGUUGUUUAGAAGCAUAUGACAAGCAGCUAAAGGACCUGAAUCACAUUGUCUGUCCAGUCUGCAGGAAGACGACCAAGCUGGAUCAAGAACGGGUCGCAGGAUUGACACCAAAUUUUCUAGCAAAAGGUCUAGAAGAUAUCCUCAAAGUGGACGGCAGUGCACAAAAUCAAGAAAAUGAUCUAUCAAAGUUCUGUCCAUUACAUAGUCAUGUCUAUAAAGACAUUUACUGCCAGCCCUGUAGUGAAUUCAUCUGCCUUACAUGCUAUAUUGACAGCCAUCAAGGUCACAAGAUUAAGAAGCAGGAGGAGUUAGAAAAGGAGUUAAAGACCAUGAGAGAUGCUCUUCUUGAGAAGAGUAUGACAAAAAAGACCCAUUUUGAACAUUGUUUGAGCGAGGCUACCCUACAAAGAGAUGUCUUGAGUUCCCAUCUGAGUGGCUUGGAGGGGGAAGUCAGAAUUGCCUUUGCCAACAAGGUGGCAACUCUCCAGCAAAAUGAGGAAGAAUUACUAGAGAAGAUAGGAAACAUCAGGGAAUUAUUGUCUGGGCAUUGGGAGAACUGUAUAUGUCACUGCACAGAAGUAAUAAGUAGGAUCAGUAAUUCUGUCAAACUCUUAACCCAUCAUGCAAGUAAGCCUUUAGAUCAUGAUAUGAUUAAAGCUGUCCAUCUGACAUGUGCUGAUCUAGAGGAUUCACUGAAGGAGGCCACUCUUGAAGAGUCUACAAAACAUGUUAAAGAUAUACAAAAUAAUGUCCAGUUUCGUCCGGCUGGGGAUGAGCUUCUUGCCCUAGGUUGUAUACAUCUCGGCGACAACGACAUAGAGGCUAGUAGAAUUAUAAAUAAGACAGAUGAUGCUGGAGUUUCUGAAGAAGCGGGAGUGCCACCAGCUAGCAGUCUGGAAACCGGGAAUGCCAUGCAACAUAUGAAGACUACUGGUAGAAGGCGUAGGAAAAACAGGGGAAGAAGAAAGAAGCAAGCUGGCAGUGAAGCAUUAUUGAAUAAUUCAAUGAGUACAUGUAUUGUAAGAACAAGGGCUUUCCCUUUGGGUACAGGACGCUUGUUCGGACUCGCAGCUCUGUCGAAGGAUGCAGUGGUUUUAGGAUACGCCAUGGACCGGAAAGGUUGUUACCGCUUUACUCUGUCAGGUGAUGAGGAUCAAUACCUUGGGAGUGAGGUGGGUGACGUCUAUGAUGUUGCUUUACUUUCAGGUGGCAGGACAAUCGUAUCAAAGCAAGGAGAUGAAUUCUUUGUAUACAACACUGUCAGCGGGAGCAGUAGUGGCAAGAGGUACGCUUGCAAGCAAUCUGGAGGAUUCGUCCGGGUGUGCACCGAUCAGCAUGACAACAUCUACGCCGUAAAUAUAAAGCCAGAGAUCUGCAUCUUCCACGGUAGCAAUCCUAAUCCACAGAGAGUGGUCCCCACUGGGGAUAUCCGACCGAAGCAGAUCUGUGUUACCACGACUGGCAUAAUGAUCACCAGUACCGGUGACAUUACGCCUAGCACGGUCACUGUCUUUGACCGGGAUGGUCGCGUAGGCACUUCCAUCGUAGCAACCCAUGAUGAUGAGUUUGUGUAUGCUACGGUAGACAGCCUCGAUAGAGUUCUGGUAGCAACGGUGGUGAAUUAUUCAGAUGUGCUGAGACUAACAAGGUACAGGCUGCAAGGAAUCCGGCUAGUUGAGGAGGUGAGGUUCCAAUACCAACAACUCACAUUGACUUGGCCAAUACAAAGCAGUAUGCUCUUGAGUUCUCUGUUCUACAUUGUCAGUCUUACACCCACCAUGGUUGCUAUAGCUACCCGGCACGAUCUCAUUUUCAUACAGCUAGGGAUUUAAGUAGUAGACAGUUUGGUCAUUCCAACCUGGGCCCUGUUUCAUGAAACUUGUUAUCAAUAACAAGUUACAAUACAUGUUAUAAACUACUGAUGUCCUUACAUCAUUGGCUCAGAGCAAAGUCGUCUUAUUAUUUUUUAACAUUUGUAAUUAAUAAGAAGUUUUAUGAAACCGAGCCUGGGUUAAUAGGUUGCCUGAAAUGAAAUAGAAUAAUGAUCCAUGAAGGUUAUUUCAGAUAUGAUGUGGUGAACUGAAGCAGUUUUUAUUUGUAUCUCGGAAUGUGUAAAUUGAAUGGCAACUGCGCACAGCAAAGGCCUCACAAGUAGUCUCUGAGCUCUGUGUUAUCCAUAAGAUGCAUAAACGGGCAGCAUAUUGUGCUUGUUUCACCAUAACAAAUAAUGUCCAGCGAUUUUAAUGGCUAUCCAACAAAAUCGACAGUCUUUCGAAACAGUGUUUGGGAUAUGUAAAUGAGCCUACUGUGACAUGAAUACACGCUAAAGGCUUAUUAUUCAGUGAUAUUUGUGAAUGAAAAGUUGUUUGACAUAAUUAUCUAAAUAAAAGUUUGAGUAAUAUCCAAUCAAGGUAGUGAUUGUAUAUUUGUAUACCCAAUCCAAAAUUCCUAAUCCUAAUAAUAUUACCUCUAUGUAAAGAAAAGUAUGAUUUUCAACAAUUAUGAUUUUUUUUUUUUGCAUUCUGGAAAUCUUUAUAUUUCCCAUAUUAAGCUUCCUGUCAAACUACAUACAACUUGUUCCCAAAGUCUCCCAGAUGCAGGCACAGUAAAGGCAUACAGAUUAG